AUGAAUGUUGUAAGAUCGGCAGGUGGACGUCACAAUAGUGACAGUUACAAAGCUGAGAAUGAAAAUGCGACGUCAACUCAUCCAAUAUCACGGCCAACUUGUUCAAUAACGGAAUUAAUGAAAAAAACUAAUUUUUCAAAAGAAGAAAUUCGUCAUCUAUAUCGAACAUUUAAACAAGAUAGUCCAUCAGGACAAGUAACCAAAGAACAGUUUGCUUCAAUAUUUUCAACACUAUUUCCAACUGGUGAAUGUUAUCGUUAUGCGAUAUUUCUUUUUCAAAAUAUUGAUCGAUCAAAUACGAAUAUAAUUCGAUUCGAAGAUCUUGUUACAACAUUUUCUUUACUUGUUCAUGGUUCCAUUGAAGCUCGUCUUGGUUGGAUUUUUGAUUUAUAUGAUAUAAAUAAAGAUGGAAUAAUAACAAGAACGGAAUUAUUUCAAUUGGUUGCAUCAAUAUUUCAACUUAUAAUGCCUGUUGGUAAACUUAAUUAUGCACCAAUUAUGAAUGCUAUCCAAGAACGAACUGAUGAAUUAGUUGAUGCUUGGGAUAUUCAUGGAAAUGGUCUUGUACAUAAAGAAGAUUUUCUUCAAUAUUGUUUACAGAACGAAACAAUUAUUCGCUCCGUCGAUAAACUUACAUCAGGCAUAUGUUUAUAA